GGCCGCGAGCACCCGGCGCAGAGAGCGCAGAGUGGAGCAUCGCCCACUGGAGAGAAGUGGGAGAUGAAGAUCAAGCCGUCCUAGCCCGGCCGCCAGCGUCCACGCCGCUGCUCACCCUACCCCUGCGGGCCAGCCUGGCCGGGCGCGACCUGCGGCCAUGCAGUCCAGGGGCUGAGGCCGCCCCAUGGCGAGGCCCGCGUCCCUGCGUCCCGGCAACGACGGCGCAUGGAGAACUUCCGUAAGGUGCGCUCCGAGGAGGCGCCGGCGGGGGGUGGGGCCGAGGGGGACAGCCCGGGAUCCGGUCCCUUCGCCGACCUGGCGCCCGGCGCCGUGCACAUGCGAGUCAAGGAGGGCAGCAAGAUCCGGAACCUGCUGGCCUUCGCCACCGCCAGCAUGGCGCAGCCGGCCACGCGCGCCAUCGUCUUCAGCGGCUGCGGUCGGGCCACCACCAAGACCGUCACGUGCGCGGAGAUCCUCAAGCGCCGCCUGGCGGGCCUGCACCAGGUCACGCGGCUGCGCUACCGGAGCGUGCGCGAGGUGUGGCAGAGCCUCCCGCCAGGGCCCGCACCGAGUCAGAAGCCUGGAGAGCCGGCGGCCAGUCUCAGCGUUCUGAAGAACGUGCCCAGCCUCGCCAUCCUACUUUCCAAGGAUGCACUGGAUCCGCGCCAGCCUGGCUACCAGCCCCCGAACCCCCAUCCUGGCCCUUCGACCCAGCCAUCCGCGCCGACGUCCAAGAGGAGUCUAGGGGACCCCGCAGCUGGAGAAGGCCCGGCGAAGCGGUCACAGCCUGAGCCAGAUUCAGCGCCAGAGGGCCGGACAGACUGAGUACUCCCGGCUUCGGGCCACUUGGACAGGCUGGGUCUUACCUCCGUGCCCUGACCUUGAGAUGCACUUCCAGCCUUUCACGCCUCGUUCCUCUGGAGCCCAGAACCUGGACAUGGCACAUCAGACUGGUAGCAUGGACCCUAAAGGACACGAGACCAUAGGGAAGCUUCGUGGGGCUGUUGUUCCUCACCGAUGUUGCCUAAAGACUCAGAACCCUACCUUCAGCUUUUCUGAGCCAUACUGGAAUCUUCUUCAGGAAGGAAUCUUACAGACCAGGGGCAGGGGGAAUCUUAAGCCUUUCUCAUGACUCCAAGAGUUAAAGGCACCCAGCAUGCGUGAAGGGGGUCCGGAGGAGCGCUCUUUGAUAAGUACCCCACCCCAACCCCACCCUUGCUAUUGACAGCAGGGAGCCAGAGCGAGAAACCUGUGGGAGACCCUAUGCUAGCCCCCACCCCAGGACAGUUUCCUGAGAUUUUGGUGGCAGGCGCAUCUCCAGGAACUCAGCUCUUUUAAUAUCCCCCUUUGCACAUGCUGAUCCAGAGGGGAGACCCAGGACAAAAGUCUCCAUGCCAACCCCCAUGAGCCCCACAGCUGAAGUCUUGCUUUCAAUAAAACGAACAAAAAUGGCUUUGUCCCCCAGGUUUUUUUCUGCUUGCCUGUGCAGAUACUCCUCUGGCCUGCCCCCUUGUGUCUCACUCCCUCCUUUGCCCUCUGCCUUUGGAGUCUUCUGGAUGGGAGCUGGA